AUGUUGGGGGGCGCCGAGGAGGAGGACGCCGACUUCCUGUCCCCGACGGGAGGGGCCAGGCUGGCCUCUCUCUUCGGCAUGGACCAGACAGCCCCUGGUACUGGGAAUGAAUUUUUCCAGUACACAGCCCCCAAACAGCCGAAGAAAAGUCUACCAGCCACAGGCGCAGGCCCUCCGUCCCAGAAGCCUCCCCCGCCUGCGGCGGUGCCCUCCGUCUUCGUAGCCACAGCCGUCCACGCCUACCGGUUUACAAACGGGACGUAUGUGAAACAAGGCAAAUAUGGAGCUGCUGUGGUAGGAUGCCACGCCACGCAGGAGUACAGGAUCCUGCUUUAUAUAAACCAGCAGCAGCAGAUCACCAGCGCAAGAAUCCACGCUGGUUUUGUGUUCACGAUCCAGCCCAACAACUAUGGGACGUUUUAUGAUGAUCAGAGGCAAAACUGGUCCAUCAUGUUUGAAUCUGAGAAAGCAGGAGUGGAUUUCAGCAAGCAGCUCUGCAUUGCCAAGUAUAACAGCAGCCCUUCCCCUGAUUCGGUGCUGUGCCAGGAUCUGGUCCUCGGAGACGGUCCAGCUGUGGAAGCCGGCGACGCGCUCGAAGUUGCCUUUACCGGCUGGCUCUUCCAGAACUCCGCGCUGGGGCAGGUGUUCGACUCCAACGUGAACAAGGAGAAACUCCUGCGUCUGAAGCUCGGCUCUGGAAAAGUCAUCAAGGGCUGGGAAGAAGGGAUGCUUGGUUUGAAGAAAGGAAGCAAGCGCUUCCUCGUGGUCCCUCCAGCUCUGGCGUAUGGGUCUCAGGGAGUAGCGAACCACGUGCCUCCAGACUCAACACUGGCUUUCGAAGUGGACGUCAAGAGGGUGAGGUUGGCCAAGGAAACUGCUUCCAAUGGGCAGAAUGUGGCCCCCAGGGACUCCCUCACACCCUCCCCAGGACCAAACACUGAACACCUCAGCGCCGACCCUGCAGGGGGUCCUCCCAGUACUCUACCACCGAAGCCUGGGGAGCCAGCUGUGCGGGCCAAAUCCAACUCUCUCAGUGAACAACUAGCGGUAAGUCUUGGGAACCCCAACGUGGCAAAAGCGAAGCUGAUUUCACGAAUGGCCAAGAUGGGUCAGCCUAUGCUGCCUUUCCUUCCCGGUUCGGCUCCGGCCCAGCUGGACUCAAGCGACUCGGAGAUCGAGGACCCCCACAGUUUGCGAGAAGCUGCACAUCCCGUCACAUCUUCUCCGCUGAAACCAUCCUCCCCAGCUGGCCUUCCUCAGAUAACAGCCCAAGCAGCCGGUGAUAUUGGAUCUUUCUUAAUGACGGAAGCAAGGCAACAGAACACCGAAGUCCGCCUGUCUGUGGGCAAAGUGGCUGACAAAAUAGACCAGCUCACUGCUAAGGUGGAGGAGCUCCAGAAACAGAAUUCUACCCAAAGCCUGUUACCAGGUAUCUCCUCUGUCACCAUGGAGACGACCAUGAUUAUGACCAACAUCCAGCGCAUUGUCCAGGAAAAUGAGAGGCUGAAGCAGGAGGUUUUCGAGAAGAGCCGUCGCAUCGAGGAACAGAACGGGAAGAUCAGUGAGCUGAUUCAGCGGAAUCAGAGAUACGUGGAACAAAGCAAUCAGUUGAUGGAGCAACGGAACAACUCUCUGCAACUGAACACCGAACAUUCUCAAGCCAGGGUCUUGCACGCCGAGCAAGAAAAGGUGAAAGUCGCCGAGGAACUGGCCGCAGCUACGGCCCAGAUCUCCCGCCUUCAGCUGGAGCUGACCAGCCAUCAGAAGGAAGAGAUGGAGCUGCGCUCCCAACUGAAUGCGGUCCUGAAGGAAGCCGAAAGACAGGCUGCCCAGCUUAACCAGUUGCAGGCCCAGCUGGCAGAGCUUCGGGAAUCAUCCGAAGAGGCCAAGAACAAAUUCCAGGCGGAGAAGCAGAGCCGGAAGCAGCUGGACGGGAAGGUGGCUGCUCUGGAGGAAGAGCUGGCUGACCUCCGGGCGGAGAAGGAGAAUCUAGAGAAAAAUCUUUCCGAAAGGAAGAAAAAAUCGCUGCUUGAGAGAAAACAAGCCGAAGAAGAGGCAGAUGAGAUCCGCAGAUCUUACCAGGAAGAGCUGGACCAACUCCGGCAGCUUCUGAAAAAGUCCCGGGCGUCCACCAAUAACGUUGCUUCGGAGCAGCUUUCCCUUCUGCAGACCGAGCUGGAGUCCCAGUGGGAAGCCAAAUGCGAGCGCCUGCUGAGCUCAGCCAAGGAGCAGCACGCCCGCCAGCUCCAGGAAGUGUGCGAGCAACGGGAUGCCCAGCAGCAGAUGGUCUCCCAGCUGGAGGAGAAGAUUUCUCUGCUCAAGGCCAGCAGGAGCUCAGAGGACCCCAAAUCCACAGAGCUGCAGGAUCGAGUGGAAGAACUAGAGGCCGUGAAAGGCAAGUGUGGAGCCUUGAAGUCCCAACUGGCAGACCUCACCGCCCAUUAUGAAGACCGGAUCCAAGGGCUGAAGACGGUCAUCAGUAGGACCCCACAGACAGCUUCAGCCGAAGAGGUGAAAAAGAUCAUGAACGGUGUCUUCCAGUCCCUCCGCGGCCAAUUUGAGUUGGAAGAGUCCUACCCUGGAAGGACCGUCCUGGGGGUGGUCAUGAACACUAUCAAGACCAUCACUCUGCAGCUGCUGGAAGGGUCUGAAGAGCAUAGCCAGGAAGAGCAGGGACCACCGCAGAGAGGAGGUCCCGUGGCCGUGGACCGAGAUCAGCCAAGCGGUCCUAAUGAGGUACCAGCCAUGGCCUCUCCCGUUCCUUCAGACCACCUAGAAGAAGACCCAAACAGGUCUACUCCCGCUUCAGAAGGAAGUCAAAGCGAGCAGGAAGAGGAGACACGGCAUUCGGGCACAGCUGCUGAGUUGACCCUUGCAUCCUUGGAUCCAGUCACAGAACCUCCAGAGGUGGAGCCUAAGGAGGUGGUUGUGUCUGGACCGACAGAAGCCCAAGCUGGUGGUGCUUUAGAGAAGACACCUGCAGAUCUUGCUCCCUUGAAGCCAACUGUUGAGGAGGCUGUGCCCACACUGGACCCGGAAAGAGAAGAGGACCCUUGCCCAGACGUUCCUAACCAGGACCUGACCUCCUUGAGCCUUCCAUCUGGUGCAACAGAUGAGAAAGUCCAAGCUGGGGAGAUGCCACCAGCAGCCUCCCUCCCUCCCAAAGUGGAUUCCAGCACCCCCGAGGAUAAAGCCAGUUUGUCGAAAGCAACCAACUGUAAGCUGCCUUCAACAGGAGGUCCGUUGGAAGAGGAAGAGGACGACGAAGAACUGAGCUUUAAGGGGCGUCCUCCCCCCACCCCGCUCUUCGGAGACGACGAAGAGGACAGCGACCUGGAUUGGCUGGGAUGAGCAAGCAGGCGAAAAA